AUGGUUGCCGCGACUUCGGAUGUUCCAACACCUGAUCCGUUGAAGCCGCUUCACAACGUCAAUAAGGAUUUCAAGACGUCCAGGAUUACAUUGGAAACAGGAAAAAAGACUAAGAAUUCCCAUUCGUCAUCGCUCUCUUCAACCGUACGCUUGGACGUGAGUUUCAUAAGGCGAGCCAUCAUCGUCGGCACUAACCUCCUCGUCAUGCUGCUUUCCUUAGUCGUCCUGUGGGCCAGCUUCGGGGCUUCCCACAACCGACCGGGUCAGUCGAUUGCCUUCUGGAGCAACCUUUUUAACAAGUCAUUCCUCUUCACCUUCGUGAUGCACUUCGAGAUAGCUCUGAUUCUAAUCAGCGUACUCGCAUUAAUCACGUCAUCCGCCGGCUUCCUCGGCGCUCUCCGCGAAAAUGUUUUUUUCCUCCACGUCUAUCACGUCGGCAUCGUUAUAUUCCUCGGGAGCGACGCCAUAGUCGCCUUUCUCGUCGCAUUUCUACCGCAUGUCCUGAGGAACUUCAUCAAAAGAGGCGGGUACGUGGACUUUAUAACUUCGUACAGGGAGAGCCCGGACCUGCAAAAUAUCAUCGACAACCUGCAAGAGACUCUCCGGUGCUGCGGUCUGUCGAGGGACUCCUUCCGUGACUGGGAACUCAACGAUUACUUCCGCUGCCUGGACGCCAACCCGAGUCGCGAGCGCUGCGGCGUACCGGCCUCUUGCUGUCGAGUCAACAACACCGCGACGAAUCCUCCCAACGCGCUUUGCGGUUCGGGAAUCCUCCUGACCGACGAACAGAACGCCUGGGCGAACAUCUACACGCGGAGUUGCGCCGACGCUGCCCUUUCGUAUUUCCGCCACCACAUGCUGGACUACAUCUUCAUCUGCGUCGCCCUCGCAUUGUUCAUGGUCUUUUUGUUAGUCACGUCCGUCAUCCUUCUCGACGAUAUAAAGAACAUGAGGCUCAUCUACUCCACCUAUUACGGCAUUCUGGCUCGCGGGCAGGAAGGGAUGAAGAGAGCGAAUGUGUCUCUGCCGGCUAGUCCCAAGGCAGGCACCCCGCUAGGAGAAGACGACGCUGUCAUGAAGGCGCUUCGUCACCACAUUGGGCGCGCUCACUCGGUGGCAGUCGGGGGCAUGAAGAGUGCUUCUGCAAGCCUUAGCCGCCUUUCUGCUUCUCACCAUUCGAAGCCUCGUCCGAAGGAAGGGGUGUGA